AAUUCUUUCAGUUAUACAUCUUCUGUGUUUAUUCUAUCAUUACUCCUACAAUAUUUUUGCUUUUCUGUAAUAUUCUUGUUGCAGAAUAUUCGAAUUUCAAUAGUGUUAUGUAUCUUCAUAUGUUAAUCUGCUGCGUAGUUAUCCUGGUCGUUACACUAGAAGCUGGUCUUCUAUCUUCCGAGGCUCAUCGUCUAGAAUGUAUUUUACGUGAAGUUUCAGUUCUUGGAAUUCCGAAACGUCAGAUAUUUCAAAUUAACACUUCGUUAGAAAGACUGAAAAAAUCAAGAAUUGGUUAUAGUUGUUUAGGAAUAUUUGUCGUUUCUAAUGGCACUUUAAUAAAGAUUAUUAGUGGCUUGACGACUUACAUUUUGAUGUAUAUACAAAUGAGGCAAAAGACGAAACAAAGAAAUUCCUCAACUUUGUCGACUGCGAGUAAAUAAAUACCUGUUUUUAUGCUUUUGUUGUCAAAGGAUAACGAAAUUUCGUUGAAUUUUAUCACUAC